UUAGUUUUCAAUGGCGUCUGUUGAACUUCCAACAACACGACUAAAUUUACUUUUUAUUUGUUGUGGUCUCUAAAGUUACCACAUGUACUGAACAUCAAACAUCAUGCAGGAAAAUAUUAAAGAAAUAAUAGCUCACAGAUCCAAAUGAUACACCUUACUACACUAGGCUAGAAAUGUUAUGAGUUAAGUAACUAAAAGUGAUUUUGCAAUGGAUGAGGGUGCAUCAAACCUUUGCACCCAACUCCCCACCAUUCAGGAUCAAGCAGCUUCCAGCAACAUACCUUACUCUGGGAAAUCUCACCCAGGUACAUCAGCACUUAACACCAGUACCAGUGGUUUUUAUGUCGGAGACCCCAGCACUGACAGUACCGCCAGCGUUUUGCAGACCAACACAGCAGUGAAAAAUGAUAGCAGGAUUUAUGAGAAGAAUAAUGUAAACAGCCCUGCUGAAAAACAUGAUUCUUCUUAUUUUCUGCCAGGUUUGGUUACCCAGUCCUCACUCACAGACAACUACCAAACUGGUAGUCAUAACAGCAGCGCCCAAGCUAGAGAGCAGUCAGGGAUUAAUAAAAGUGAAGAAAGUUUUAACGUAAAAGAGUACCAGAUGAUAAUUUCAGCAUCGUCACUAUUAUCAUCAUUAUGUACAACACACGUAAGCACCUUCCCCCAGCCUGCUGUUUCUGGUUAUAAAGCUAAUCAAAAUAAUAAUAAUAAUAACAUUGUCAAGUCAGAUUCUCGCCAGGGCCCACAAGCAGAUUACAAACAGCAGACUGCAAAGUCAUCCCCCUUUUCACAUCCUUACACAGUUUUAAACAGAGGUCAAACAGCUGCCAACUCAGCCUCUGCUGCUAAUACCUCUACAAGUGGAGAUGGCAGAAAGACGUACACUGACCGCCCUGUUGUAACUAUUACUCACACCUCUUCUCCAUCAGCACAUGAUUUAAAUGUAAGCAUCCAAACAUCUCCUCUGUUGUAUACUAAAAAAGAAAAACCAGCUGGCCAAAACUUCAGAACUGUGAAUGUUCCUUCAAACGUUAAACAGGUGCAUAAACCAUCCACAAACAGCCCUGCUACCAGCACCUCAAUGACUCCUUUUAUUCAGUACACCACUAUUCCCUCAACCUCUGGGAACCUGCCUCAUUCCUCCAAGCCAAGGUCUAACUUUGCAGGGUCAAAUUCUUCUGAAAAACUAGUGACUGUCCAAACCAAACCUGUGAGCACUAAAAAGCCCAGAUCGAGGGCGAGUCGGAAAAAAGAAGCAGCAGAAAAACUUCCAGUGACCUUUGAUGAUGAUGAUGAUGACAAUGAUUUUAUACCCGUUGGAAUGUGUCAACUUCCAAUGCAGAGAAAACCAGACGGCAUCAACGCAAAUCUUUUUUCACCAGAAAGCACGUUGGCCCAUGAGUAUAAUCUUCUUUCUCAGGGUCUGGGUAGCACAUACCCCGCUAGCCCCUCACAAGAGUACAAUCUGCAGGAAAAAUUUGUACAAAAACAUCAAGAACCAUCACAAGUAUUUCUACUGGAGCAGGCGCAACAACCCAACAUGAAGCUAAAAGACUCAGACCUGCAACAGUUUAGAAACCUCGCUGAAAGGUCAAGAGCACAGCACACAAAUCCAAUACAUCAACCCCAAUUUGAACAAAAGCAUGAAACUGUUGUACCAUUUGUGGGUGGUGAUCGAACAAAAACACUAGGGUUCUUAAAGAAUCAAGGAUUAAUAAUUCACCAUCAGCAGCCACAGGAAACUUAUACAGAGAGCGUCAACCAGAGGUCCAACACCUUGGAUAGUGUUCAGCAAAAUCAACCUAAUGUUGAUCAUAGCAUGCAGUUUUUAUCACAGUUUCCCCCCAAGGAACAUGUAAAAAGUGCUGCUCAGGAGCAGUACAAAGAACCUGGGUGUCGACAACCAGAAAAAAGCAAGCACAACUUAUUACAUUCUACACCAUACCUUUCAGACAGUGUUACUUCCAGGCCUGAGACUUCACACCAACACCAUCCUCCUAAGCUAACAGAACAGCUGCUCCAACAGCCCAGGGUAGAGCAAAUUUUGCAGCAGAACAAUGACCAAACAAGUAAGCUUGAGAUUGGACUAAGUAAACAAGACCAAACUACCGCAUUUAGAUCAGUGACACCCACUUCUGUUCAUGUUCAUCACAACCCAUCGUUAAACCAACAGCACCCUGAAAUAGCCAAAAUGUUAAACUCGCCAGUAAGCCCCAGGCAACCAGCAAGCCCAAGACAGUCUAUAAGCCCCCGUAGAACUGUCAGCCCUCACCCUUCUUCGAUAAGUCCAAGCCAGUUUGUGAGUCCUUAUCCCCGGCAGGCUACUAGCCCCCGGCAGUCAUCAAAGACGGUUGUUUCUGUUCCCACCUCCAACCCUCACCCAUCUCUUUCAAAACCAACCACAAGCCCUCAGACCAAACAGUCACACAGCCCUCGCCAGUCAGCUGUUUCAUGGCAAUCUCAGAACACAUCACAGCCAUCUCCGGCUCUUACUUCAAACAUGUUUGGUCAGGGGAAAAGUUUCUCAGGGCAGUUGCCUGUGAGCAAAGCUGUAGCUGAGCAGAUGAAUCAGGCUAUAAAUACACUUGUUCCCAUAGGUCACCCAGUUACGGUUAAUUUAGAGUCUGUUCAAUUACCCCUUGAAAGCACUGAUGUGCCUCAUACAAAAUCUGGAUAUUCUUCCUCUAUGGAACAAAAUAAGUUAUUUUCUUUAGCAUCAACACAUCAUGAUGUUUACCAGAUGCAGCAGGUUAGUUCUGAUCUUUCUUUUGAUGAUGAUGAUGAUGAACCCAUACCUUAUUCCUUUCCAUCAAGCCAGCCUUCCCAAAUUUUUAGCCCUGGUCAGGUAAUUCAUCAUCGUCCGCCUGAACGUAAACAAACCAGCGUCAAAGCCAAACAGAGACCAGGCUCAGGCAUGUCUGCUCAGCUGCCAUCACCGUCUGUUCUGUCUUCCACUGUACCUGUGCCUUCUGUUCAAAAUGCUAGCACUAUAUGGCAACCCCUGCAGCACGUAGAACCAAAGCCAGAUCAAAAUGUACAACAGCCAACUCAAGAUUCUAAUGCUCAACCUUCCAAGGAUGCGGGUCGAAUCUCAUCCCAGUCACAAGAUGCUUCCAGGCAGAAUGUGGUUUAUCCAAAGGGACCAGCAGUUUCUGGGGCAACGAGUAGCAGCUCAGAAAUGCACCAGGGAAUCCAGUGGCAAGCUUCUUCUGAGUUUAGUCAGGUUUCUGGAAAGCCAACAAUAGAAAUGCAGCUGUACCCUACACCCUCAAGUAUCUCUCAGUCCAGUGCAUCCCUACCUGACAGCACACCAGCCAUCCAAGCUGGGGUAGAUAGAGACACAUCAGCUUCCUCUGUGUUGGCAAGUAACUCAAAUACAAGUAACGCUCAACAAGUGGUGGAGAGUACAAAAGAGACUAAAUCACAAGAUUCCCUAAGUAAAAGAUCAGGGGUUGAAGAUCUUCACCCCAGCACUCCACAACAACAAAGAUCUGAGGCUCCCAGGAGGGAUGAUGGCUUAAAAGUCUUGUCUAAAAUUGCCAGUGAGUGUUAUGUCAAGACAGUUGCAGAGGAAAAUAAAUCAGUUCCAGACCAAAACAAGGUUUCACCAUCAGAGGCAACAGUAAGCCCUAGUGAGGAAAAUUCUAAAGAAGGGCAAAUAGAAAAGAAAGAUGAUACUUCUUCGUUGUCCUCUACCACUGAAUACAGACUGACUCGCAAAAAACUUAAUGAGACCUUAGAUAAAAGUGAGAAUCAGGAUGGGGAUGGCGUAGGAAAAGAAGCAGACGGUAAAGAUCUCUUGAGUAGUAGUAGUAGUAGUAGUGAUGUACCAAAACGAGAGGUCAGGCAAAGGAAACCCAAAAAACCUUUUGAGCAAGAAGACCAACCUGCCAGAAAAAACGCCAAACAAAAUCAGAAAACUACGCCCACUUUCAGCGGACAGAAAAAGUUGCCCACGCCCAGUAAAAAAGGACAAACACACAAGAAUUUACAAGGCACCUUGAAAAAUGAGAGUGAAGAUGAAAACAAAUUAUCGCAAAAAGAUGAAAAACUUAGGAAUUCAACAGAGCCUGAUGAUGUUACAAAAUCAAAUAACGUAGAUUUGAAAACUGGAGUGGGGAAGAAAAAAAGCGACCAUCAAAAAAAUGAAAGUGAAUUAGACGCAACCACUAAAGCCUUAGAUAUGCAGGAAAUGUCCUCACGAAGGCUUUCUCAAAGACUUUUGGUUAAAGAGAAAGAAACAAAGAAAGAGGAUAAUGAGGAAAGUGCAAGAAGAUCAAAAAGACAGUCAACUAAAAUAGAUUAUAAAGAAGGUACUGAAUCAGUAGAAGACAGUUCUUCUGUGAAAAGUGCUAGGUCUAGCAGAAGAACAUCUCCCAGUUAUUCUUCCUCUUCUGUAGAGAGUAAAGAAAGAAUGACGACCCGAAGUGCCAACCGUAAAGAGGAUGAAUCUGCCGAUAAAUCUUUAAAUAAAAAACAAAAUGAUGAAACAGAUCAGAAGUCUACUGUCAAGAAGUCAAAAUCUUCAGGCCCUGAUGAUAAACCACUCGACAAAAAGCAAGCUGUAGAAAAAAUAGAUGAUAAACUACGGGUUAAAAGGCGGAAGGAUGAAGAUCAGCCAGCUGAAGCUAAAAAGCGCAAAGACUCAGAUACUGAGGAUAAGAUUUCUAAAAUAGAUACCCGUGGAAGUUCUAAGGAACUUACUGUCCAAGGUAAAAGGGUAACAAGAACUCCUGCAACUACUGGUGGUCGAUCUCAAAAAGCAACCUCAGCACCCCAGGUGAAAGGAGGAUUGCAAAGGUCCCUCAAAAGUCCAGCUUCAGAAUUGCGUAAUCUCAACUAUUCUGCAAGCACACCUCGUAGGAUGACUACACGUCAGUUGGUCUCUGAGAAAGAGACACCAAAUUCCAGUUCCGAGGCUACUGGUACAAGAACAACUCCUGCUGAGGGGCGUAGGAGCAUUAAAAAGAAGACUGAAGAUUCUAUUUUAGGUGAGGUAGAUUCAAAAUCUGUCCCUGGUGAUGAUAAAAAACAAAAUGAAACUGAAUCAACAACAGAUACUUCGGGUAAUGAGAAAAACACUUCAUUUUCUGAAGAGACCCCAAAGAGAAAGGUCAUUAAAUCAAAGUCUCGAAAACUGAAAUCUGGUUACAAGAGAAAAAGAUGGAGAAAAUUUAGAGGCAAUAAAAAUCUUGUUGUAAAAUUGAAGACUGAUAGUGUUGCCGAAACUGAUAAAGCAGAUCCAGUCAGUGAUGAAAAUGACGAGAAGCAAAGUGACAAUAAAAAGCCAUCAGCUCAGGAAGAAGUAAAGGAAUUAAAAAUUAUUGAUGAAAAAAUAUCUGUUGAUGUCAUGGAGAGUAAAAAAACUGAGCUUCACAAAACAGCAGAAGCAAUGGACACUGAUGUGUCUGUGAUAAAAUCUGGUAGUAAUAUAGAAGAAAAUACACAGCAUAAACCAGUGAUAAAAACUUCUUCAUUGGACACUAAUGUUGCACCUGGUCCUAAUGAUACUGAUCUCAGUAUUUCUGUGGUAAAUCAAACAAAAGAUUUUGGACAAACACAAUUCCAUUUGGAGUCUAACAGACAAAAGAUGGUCAUGUAUAAACUGGUACCUGUGUAUGGAGAAGAUGUAUCUGAGAUAGAAGAUACAUUUAUUCCGAUAAGUGGUUACUUUGUGCCUGGAGGAAGAAAUGAUCGCAUACUUUUACCACAAAACUUCAUGUCUGGCGCUUUAAAAACAUCAACCACAGCUUUAGGAUGGGGAACUACUUCCUCAGGGAACGAGCAGUCUGAAUCCAGAAUACCCACAGCACUAACCUCUGCAGACAAAGUAUCCAAAGUACUACCACACCCUGCCAACUUGGAGCCACAGCUAUCAUCGUAUUCCCCACUAAGGACUACACCCUCUACUGGGGUUUCCAACGUUGCCCCAUCAACCACCUGGCCACCUACAGCACAAACUUCUUCAGCAACAUGGCCGUUGCAACUGCCUCCGCCGGUUCCCACGCCCCCACCAUCAGUUGGAGAACCGGGAAUAAUGAGCUCCAAAAAAACAUGGCCAGUUUCUCAGCCCCAAGCCUCCCCUUCAACAUACAGACCAUCCCCUUCAUGGAACACCACCCCACCAUCAUUACUGUCAUCCUCCCCUUUAUCGUCAUCUUCAUCAACAUGGAAUAUGUCGUCUACUUCAUCACUACCCCUGUCACAUCAAAACUCACUGACCUGGACGGCGCCACAAACAUCACAAGAAGCGACAUGGAGAUCAUCUACAUCUCAUCAAGCUGUGGAGUCAUGGAGUAAGGAAUAUUUUCCCAGUAGCAACUCCACACCUGUCCUGCCACAAACAUCAUCACAGAGCCAUACAGUGAAUCAGAAUUAUAGCCUAGACUCUGGGACACCAAACACACAGACCCCUACAUACCAGUCACAAGACCAGACAGGCUCCGGUACAUUUUAUGGAAAUGGUGUUCCCCAGGACUCAGACUUCACAGAUGCCAGACAGGAGAAUCUAAUUCAGGGUUUCCUCAGGCAAGUCACUUCCAACGCUGGUGGCUUCAGUCAAGAGUUGUCAGGGUUCAACCUGGGGCAGCAGGACUUUGCUUACCUGGAGAACAAGUUACGGCAGGAGCUGUCUCCUAACACACUGUUCUCAGCUGUCGCUGCUUACGAUGACAGUAGCCAAGAGGGGCCUGGAGCCUGCCCGGACGGCUCCCUGCAGGACAGCAUUAACUUGGUCCACACUGUCAAUCUGGACAUGGAGGAAGGAAACAUGGACAGCUCGGCUAAUUUAGACUUGUCUGGGAUAACAGGUCACACGCCUCGGCCUGUAAGUGUACCUAAGAGCUUGGAGAGUCAAGUCAAGACUCCCCACAGGAUGGGGAUGCAAGCAGCAGGGGACAUAGAAAGUCCUGCACUGCUGGAUCGCUCAGCCUGUCUAGAUGGUACACCACAGAUGGACAACACCCCACAGCUUGAAAGUCCUUUAGCCAAGGAUGACAAAGUGAAGAAAGAGGACAAGAAGGUUAUGAAAGAACGCAAGCAUCAGUAUGAUAUAAUCACAGAAAAUGAAGUUCGUCGAUACAAGUGCAAAUCCUGUGGGAAAAUGUUUGGAAACGCAACCAUUUAUCGUCACUUAAGGACCCAUGACCCAGAUUACAAAGUGACCUGUCACCUCUGUGAGAAGAAGUACACACAGAAAACAAGUCUUCUUUUACACAUGAAAAAAUGUCAUAGUGAUCAGCUUCCACAACCAGCACCUUCACAUGCAAAAGAACCUGAGGUUGAUGCUGCAGAAAAAGACCACGACAAAACAUCUCCCAGCAAGCGCCAGAGAAGGGCAUCAUCCUCUGCCAACCCACUAGCAGCAAGCUUAGAUGAAAGUGAGAUUCUCAAGCAACAAGAGACUCACAGACAGGUAGAGGAGCUGCGCAGGCUGAAAGCUGAGAAGAAAUUACAUGGCAAGGCGACUGGGUCUAUGGCAGACGAUGUGACGGUUGUGAGUUCGGAGGUCAGGGUUAACGAGGAUGACGUGCAAGAUAACACUGCUAUGCUGGAACACAAUUCAGCAUCAGUGUUUCACCAAGAUGCCAAUGUAGAGCCAGUCAGUGUUGGUAGAAGAGAUAGUUCCCAUGAUGAAUUUGCUGACAGCGUUGUUCACUACAGCAGAGAUGGCACCCCUGUAUUAGCCAGUGACCCAGGGGCUUACAUCUCCAGCUCCCCCAGAACCCCGUCCUAUCAGAUCACAGGCCUGUCGCAAAGUGCCACCAAACCACAGUAUCAGCUGAACGCCCCGCAGCCUGUCAUGUCGACGCUGUCUCCGUUUCAUGCAGACACUGUGCCCAAGUCCAGCUUAACCUCAGCCCAGGGGGAUUCUCAAGUCUCGGAUGAAUCUCUUUACGGCAACACGGAAAGAUGUUCUCAGGAUGGAACAGCGGAGAACACGCCAGACAAGCUCCAGCCAUUCCAGUGUGAGAUCUGCUACAGCCAGCUGACCUCCAGGAAUGGCUACACACUACACAUGCAGCGUCACAACAAGGCCAAGUCUAAACUCUGCUCCUUCUGCGACAAGACCUUUCACACCAGCCAGGAGCUCAAGUCACACGAGCGCACCCACACUGGGGAGAAGCCUUACAAAUGCCCCAUCUGUUACUACGCUUUUGCUCACUCUGGCUCCUUUGUCAGCCAUAAGAAAGGACACACAAACAGAGGAGAAACAGAACCAUUCCUGGUUGUGGAUGGUGUAACACAGUACCCCAGCUCAUUCAAGAAGCCGCGCAUUGUGGACCCUGAUAACGUGAAAAGAGCUGCCGAUGGCUCUGAGAUUGAACCGAAGAAGAAAAAAAGGAAGAAAAAACCAAGCACUGAUUCUCAAGAGCUGGACAACAGUGGGGCCAGCAUGCCUGGACCCAGCUCCAGCACAGAGAACAGCAUGAGCCAAGUUGCUAGGGAAACAAGUGUCAUCAGGAGAAACAGUUUAGACCCUGCUGGUGAGAAGCAGGCUGUUUCUCAUCAUGCAGAUAAUGUCUUGGCUAGGAGGAUGAGCUUGAAUGACCAGAUGUUAACCAUGAGUGGCCAGGGGUUAGUCAGCGGCAGUGGCCAAAUUUACAGCCAAAAUCUAGAUGAACAAGAAAUUGGUUUAUCAGCGGCGUCUCAAGAUAAAGAUAAUUCCGCGUAUCUUCAACAAGGUGGGAGUUACGCCCUGACUCGCUCUAAUGUAGACUCUGAAUACUACGAUAGUUCAGCAAGCUACACUGAGCGUCCACACCAGCGAGACUACAGCUCUACUCAUGCUGAUACAUCUUCCUCCUCCCAUGACUACUACACGCAGGUCAAAUACUACCCUAGGUCUUCCAGCUCAGACCAGUACUCGCCUAGCAACCAGGAUCAGCUGCGGACUGUUCCGGUCAAUCUGGCGUUGGGUAAAACACCCCAGUACCCCAGCAACAUGGACAGUUACUACUCUUCACAACAGCAGUACCAGUACGACGUCACUGGUCAGAGUGUAGACACAGAGUACCAGCAGGAAGAUUACGAGGCACUAGCCCAGUUUAAACCUGACCCCGCAGGGACAGAGAUAGUGAAAAAACUUCUCCAGCAUUACAAUGUCCCGCCAUCCACCUAUCAGGAAGCUGCGCCUGUGGAUUACAGCCAGAUCCAAAGCACUUCCGAUUACAGUAGAACAGACCCCGAACCAGUGCUGCCGAUGUACUCUGAGCACGACAUAGCAGCGCCUCCAUCCUACAGCGCCAGUGUGCAGCAGAAGCAGUACUACAGCGCACGCCAAAGAGCGCAGGAGUACGAUGGCUCGCUUUUGAUGUCAUCUGAAAGACCUCUGACUAGCCCCAGAGAUUCAAAUAUUAUGCUGCCCCCACAGCCAGACAGGCAGUAUGCCCUCACCAGCUCACAGGCCCACCUUCAGACAGAUGUCUACAGAUCUGAAAACACGCCCAGGUAUGCCACACCUGAUACACCAAGGUACGCAACACCUGACACGCCGAGGUAUGCAACACCUGAUAGUUACCGAGAUGAGCAGUACAGCACACAGAUGACCCGGCCACCAAGUCAGCCGUACUCCCAGACGUACGACGUCACGCCAUCUAGAGACUACUAUCCUCAACCCUUACCAAAAAUUGAGAGCCUCACCAGAGACUCCAACUCUGACAAGUCCAAAGACGCUCUAGCUAAAUCUCAGUAAAAAAAAAAUAACUUGUGUACACAUAGGAUUUAUUUUUAAAUCUAAAGAACAUACGACAAAUGCUGUUGCAGAGUUAUAUCAUGUACAAUUAAAUUUUAAAAUGGCAAGAUCAAGUCAAAUUCUAUGUUUGUAUUCAUCUAUAUCAUCCUCCCUGUGAAAUAUGUGAAUAAAUGUGUAUCUAAAUACCUAAUAUUUUAUGAUGACCAGUACAUCUCUUCCAUACCUCCAAGAAAAUGUUAUCUAAUUAUAGAAAGCACAAAUUGUUGUGUCAACUAAGUUCAUGUUGUUAUAAUUUAUAAUGUGCUGGGAAAACCUGUUUUAUUUUAUGAUGCAAUUCUGUGAGCAUGUUUAACACAUUAUCAAAUGUAUUCUACAGCUCAUAGAAGGGUUGUCCUACAGUUAAAUUAAAAAAAAAAUCAUGCUUUCAGAAGUAGGACUUUAAAUCACUUGCAUAAUUACAUGGUUUUUAUAUUGGUAUAUAGUGGUCAUGUAGCCUGGAUUACCUGAUAAUGUAGUAAAGGCUUUGUGGUAACUCAACAUGAGUGACACUGACAAUAUCCCAGCUGCCGUGCUGCUCCAGAAUAAUUUUUACAGCUAAACAAUUGUUCUUCUUUGUACAAAAUAAAUAAAUAUAUAAUAUUAAUAUCUAAUAUAUUUCCUGUUAUAAAUAGAACCCUUUUCUUUAAAAAUUUAAAUCAUUUUAUGAUGUGAUUACUUUGUGGUGCUUAAUAAUGUUAUGUAAAAUAGAACUGGAAUAUAAAUGGACUUGUAUUGUUUUCUUUGUUGUAAACAGUGCUAAAUCAUAGAACAUUUUAAAAAUAAAAUCAAUUAUAUAAUGUACAGUUUCUUUCAUCAUCAUCCAACUUAUUCAAACAAUUGAAUGUUAAUUAUUCUUGCAUUCAUGUACAAAUAUUUAUAGUAGCUUUGUUUAUUUGUGGAAAAUUAAUUUUUUUAAAAAGACUUCCACUGAAUUUUUUGUUGGGCAUUUCUACUUUAUUUACAGUCUAGGUAUCCUACAAAAUAUUUUUGUGGCUAAAAGAUUUGGAAACACUGAGUAACAUUUAUACAUUGGAACCAAUUUUACUAUGAAUUCAAGAUAAAUCGUGUUAAUAUGUAUGGUUUUAUGUUUGGGGCCCUUGGUUCUUAUAAUUUCUAGAAUCAAUUUUUUUCCCUGUCUACCUCUGAUGCCAACUUGUAGAAGUCUUUAAGUUUAGUAGAGGUUAUGGUAAAUACUUGUUCUAAAGCCAGCAUACUGAUAAGCCUCAUGCUUCACCCUUCUUCUCUGAUUAAAACAUAUGAAACCAUUAAUUUUGUCUUUGAUCUAUUGAUUACUCACUGCCAACUAUUUCAUUUUUUAAUGUACCCAAUGAAAAUUAUAAAAUGCCAUGAGUGUAUGCUGGCACUUACUCCAUUUAUACUAGAAAUAACAAAACAUGUGUCUGCUUCUGAACAGGUAUAUACUGUGUACUUUAGUUUGGAACUUGUGUAUUUUUCUAGCUUACUGGAAUAUAGCAUGUAUUAUUAUAAUAGGUUUCAGUUCAUGUUUUGUGAUCAUUUACUAGUUUAGAAAUUGUAUUUUUUCCUGUACGUGCACUCAUGUAAAAUUACAUGGAUCUAACUGAUGAGAAAAGUUUUGAUUUUAUAUGACUUUUAUUUUAAGUCAAGUAAAAAAAGUCAUUGACAUCUUCUCAUGCACCGGCCAGUUAAAACUCACUCGAACUUUAUAAAAAUAAAAUCAUAAACAACCAGGUCUAUGUUUUGCGUAAUAUCCAAGUAUAAAGGAAUUCACUGAACUCUAUAUACUAACUCAACUUAAUUAAAUAUAAUCACGUUAUGUCAGUUUUUAAUCAAUGUACCAUCUAAUUAUCUUCCGCUUAUAAUAAAAGCAAAUUUAUGUUCAGACGCAUGAAAAGCAAAUUCCAUCGCUAAUACUUUGAUUGGGUGUUGUUUUCUUUCUGUAAAUAUGUACAAAAUAAAAUCAAUAUAUUUGUUCUCAAGACUUAGUGGAAACAGUAACCAUGUGCCUUGAUAUUGUAAUGAUGCUAUAUUCUCCAAUAGUUUUGCAUGUAUUUUUUAUGCAAUUUUACAAACUAUGUUCAUGUAAUAUCAACUGGUCAUUUAAUCUCUUAAAUUUUGUUGACUAAGCAUAAAGUGAUGAUCAUUACAACUGCAUGCUGUAAUCUUUUCAAUUCACUCUAAAUCUUGUCUGAUGCAUGCCUUAACUCUUCUUACAUACACAAAUAUUUUCAUUCAAACUUUCUUAUCUAGUGAAAUCAUUGUUGAUAAUUCUGUGACAUAUUUCUUUAUUUUUUAUUCUGUUUUUUUUUUUGUGUGUGUGCUAAUUUUGCUAUCAGACUUUUUAAUCUACAUUUUUAGAUGAUUUUUACUUGUAUUACUUAUUUAUUUUUUGUUACUUUACUCUAAAAACAUAUGUUAGUGUUACGACUUAAAACUACUUUUGCUUACAAAGUGUACCUUUAAUUGAUAUGGUCUUAGUAAAUUAGAAUAUGACAUUCUAAUGCGGUAUAUACAUUUUUAUACAGGUAAUUGUUUUUAUCUUCUUUUAUUUGUAUGCGUGAGAUUGCAUGAUUAUUUUUAAAUUUAAAAAAAAAUCAGUGAAAGCACAAUAUAUUUUUUUUAUUUUACAAAUCCCUUACUAGAAAAGCAUGUGGGUUUUUUUUUACUUUUGUUUUCGCUGUGCUCAAUUUUAAUUAACUUUGGCUCACGUACAUCCCAUAACAUGUACACAUCCUCUCAAUAUCACAGUGCAGUCUUAUUUUCAACAGUAUUUUUUUAAAUACACAUACUUUUAUUUUUUAUAAGGAUUUUGUUUUUAAUGUCAUUUCAGUGUUAUUACAAAGGAAAAUAGCUAUUUCAUUAUUGAAGAACAUGCGCUAGGAUUUAGAGCUAUGGGAAUAGAUUCUUAUAAUUAUGUAACAUGUAAUUGUAACUUUCUUGUGGCAACAAUAAAAUUCACAAACUAAAAUAAAAGACAAUGUCAAUUUGCAUUUGUUUUUAAAUUAAAAAGCUGAGCAGAGUUUUACUUUUUAAUUCUAGCCUUUUAGUUCUUAGAUUAUCAUGAACUGCUUAUUUACAUUUGUGGUGCUUUUUCUAGUAGUAAGGAACACACAAAGUGGUGAGAUCUAAUGCUUACAGUUACCUGAGAAAUGCCAGAUGGUUAACUAUUGCAGGCUAUUUUUAUGAUCAAUCUAGGUCAAGCUAACAAUGGCCCACUUAUGCUUUUGGUUUCCAUGUGCAUUCGUUUUUUUUUGUUUUUUUUAUCAGAAAAGGCUUACCUGUUAUACAUUUGUAUUUACACAUGGAUCUAGGUUUUAGAAUAUCUAAACAAGUCAUUAUAUUUUGAUCAGAAUAUUCCUCUGUAAUGAACAUAAGUGUUAUUUUGGGUUAUAAAAUUAUGUGGUGUUUAUCUAUUGUCAGUAUGUAGGCCUCAGAAUUGUAAAUUUGUUUAUAAAAUAAUACUGGCUGCCCACAAUUCAUAGAUAAAUUAAUUUAUUAAGUUACUAAAAUUAGAAAAAAAUUUAAGUUAAUAUAAAUAAAAAUGAACUUAAUGUAUAUUUUUUGUUUUUGACCAUAUUUGUACAAAUUUAAUAUAAUUACUUAUUUCAAAGUAAGAUCCUGAUAACUUGAUUUGUUGGUUAAAAAUUAUUUAUAAAGUCAGAUUUUUAAAAGCUACUUGUUUAUGUAAAAAUGAAUUGAGAAUUAUUUUUCUUGCUAGCUGGGUGCAGUAAGAAUAAUUUAAACUUAUACGUGUUGUUUGUUAACGUGCUUUGUUUUAAAUCCUGGUUGAAUCACAUUUUCUUGUUUUAAAGUCAAAGCAUUUUUCAAUGUACAUUUUAAACUCAAUGUGUUAAUCUAAUGGAACACAUCAACAUAUUUUUAAGGUUUACUUUCAUGUACCUAGGCUUGAGUAGAACGGUUGUCUGUUUCUUUGGUAUGGCUUUUUAUUUGUUUCGACAAUAUAUUUAUAAACGUAUUCCACGUUUUGAAAUGGUUAUGUCAUUCAUAAGCUUCUCUUUUUUGAUGUUGUGGUCUCUAAUGUCAUAUAAUUUUUUUUAUUAUUGAUUUAAAUACGAGUUGUUACAGAAAUUUUUUUCUCUCUCUGUGGUUCUGUUCUUCCUCAAGAGCUUAAUGGCACCAGCUGAGGUAAGUCUUGCAUUAUACAGUUUACCUGUUCACCUGGCCGGUAUUGUUUGCUUCAUCUCUACACCGGUUGCAUACAUAAGCUGUAAAUAAUUUGCAUAUACUACUUCUAUAUCUAUAAAUAGAAUAAAACAUAUUUUAGAAUUAUUUUAAAAUAUUGUGUUGUUAAUUUUGUUCUGAUGUUAUGUUUUCAUUUCAUGUUUCAAAU